AUGGAGAUCUCUAGACAGGAAGCUUUCAGCAAGCUUAAACCACCAUGUGUUGAGCUCAGCUCGGUGGGCCUGCGAUUCCGUGGGCGACAAGCAACUCCAAACGAUGUGUUUCGAGCCCUCCAACCGGUGUACAACGUACUGGAUGAGCUUGCUCGCAAAGAUGCUCUAGAUGAGAAGUUGGCAGAAUAUGCAUUCUUCCCAUUAUGCCAUAUCUUCAAUGAAACUCAAAGGUCUCCUGUCAACUGCUUGGAACUUUCCGUCAAGUGCCUGCGCAUUCUCGUUGAGAAAGGAUGGGGAAGGCGCUUGUCGCCACAGAUGGGCAAGCAGCUCAUCAUCCUCUUAACCUUGAUCGUGGGUGGCACGCCGAAUAAAUCAGGUGAAACCAAUUCAACACAGACUCGGUCACCAGAGCUCGCCAUUGCGGGAUUCCACUGUCUUCUCACUAUCUUCAAUGUUCUAGAUGGAUCUGUUGCUAAGCAGACUAUUUACCAUGAAGUCGGCACUGCGACUAUUGUUGACCAAAUGGUCUAUCUUAUGCUCGAGGGUGCCGCAGAUGAGGGGUCAGACGAACUCUGCAUAUCAGCAGCCAAAGCGCUUCAAGCACUCUUUCAGCGUAUCACAGAUCGAGUAGUACUGGCAAGUAUAAUGCCACGGACAGUCUCAACUCUGACAAAGAUCAUAAAACCGUCAACUCAGGUCCGGCGGUCGUAUAAGCUUCUGUCGGUCUGCUUACAGAUUUUUAACUACCUGCUAAGGACGGUGCUGAACGAUCAAGUCGCCAAAUCUUCGGAGAAGUCAGCUACUUCCCAAAGCUCAGAUGAUCAGCUGGUUCUUGACGCCUCUUGGCUCAAAGCUACCGCUACACAGAUCAAACUUGCUCUUGCAAAUGUUACCCAAAUAAGGCGGCAUGACCGGCCUGAGGUGCAGACAGCACUGUUGGAACUCUGCUUGAUGAUAGUAGAAGACUGCCAGGAAACAUUGCAGGAGGCACUACCCAUCAUCAUUGAGACUGUUGUUGUAUUGUCCAACGUGGAUGAAAAUCAGGUGCCGAAUGAGGCAUUCGUUGCACUUAGACAUCAUGCCACCACUUAUCCAGCCGUGAUUGACUCUUUGAAGAACUCUCUUCAUACGUGGGUCACUGCCUUUCCGAGGACCAUGCAGAGCAACGACGAAACGGCGAAGCAGUGGGCUGUUAAGCAGAUAUCAACUGCCUUUCAAGUUUUGUCGCAGGUACAAUCCGGUUCCGAUCUCCUUGCAGCUAGCCUAGCGUCAGGCAUUUGCGACAGUGUGGCCGCAUCCCUGAACAGUUCGACAAAUGCUCUCCAGCCUCUCAGUUCUGAUGUUGCAAACAGCCAGACUCUGGAAGUACUCAAUCAUGGGGUCAAAUCAGACUCGUUUCCUCCAGUCAUUCUCGAGCACAGAAGCCAGCAACAAACGCUGAAUGAUUUGCAAUCCAUGAUAAUCAGACUCAAUGCAUCUGAGUCUGGCAGCGAGAUCACACGUCUGAUUAUCAACCGAGUUCACCAGGAGAGGGGAAAUGCUCUUAUUGCACCUCUCUGGUUAGGUCUCACGUUCUUAAAGAGCAACACCCAACUCACAUCUAUUUUCGAUGAUUUCAUCUCUACGGAUGAGCUCGAACCUUCAGGUCAACGUUUGUCACGAUCUGGCAUGAUUGAAGAGUUAUACUACGUCUCAUUACCCAUACUCAACGAACCAUUAGUCGAUGAGUCUAGGGACUGGCGGGUACAGGCACUUGCGCUAGAAGCCGUUGCCCUUCAAGCCCAGCAGCUCGGGGAGGCCUUUCGUCCAGAGUUGAUGGACGCAUUAUACCCUGUCCUUCAAUUAUUGGCAUCCAGCAACUCGAGUCUCCAGAAACAUGCUAUAACGUGCCUCAACAUUCUCACAACGGCCUGCAAUUAUGGCGAUGCCAGCACAAUGAUUGUCGAAAACGUUGACUAUCUCGUGAACUCCGUGGCCCUAAAGCUCAACACCUUCGACGUCUCACCCUACCCGCCCCAGGUUCUCCUAAUGAUGGUCAAGCUGUCCGGCGUGCGACUCAUUCCCUACCUCGACGACCUGGUGGACUCCAUUUUCAGCAUACUCGACAUGUACCAUGGGUAUCCCAAACUCGUCGAGAUGAUGUUCCGGACUCUCGCCGCCAUCGUCGAAGAAGGCACUAAGAGCCCCUCGUUCCUUGCAAUCGACAACGGCAAAGACAGCAAUAUUGACCACCACCAGAAGCCAUACGAAAGACUAAAGAUCUCUACCCUCGUCCAGGACCUCGCCAAUCGAAAAGCAAAGCGUGCAAAACUAACCGAAGACCUCGGAGACAUCGACGAAAUCAUCCCACACCCACAGAAGCCCUGGACAAGGGACCCCGAGAAGCCCAAGCACCAAGCAUCCGACUUCAACACCACCAUCGACGACCUUCUCAAAGAAGAAGACGACCCAGACGAACCACUCCCCCCGCCCCGCGAAGCCGAAGACAGCGAGAAACCCCUAAGCAAACCACACAACCUCCUCCUCCACAUCAUUCAAUCCAUCCCAUCUCACCUCUCCUCCCCAUCCCCCUACCUCCGCCGCUCCCUCCUCACCAUCCUCAUCGACGUCUUCCCAACCCUCGCCGCGCACGAAAACAGCUUCCUCCCACUAAUAAACGACCUCUGGCCCGCCGUAUCCGCCCGAAUCAGCUUCCCAUCCUCCCUGACCACCUCACAACCAACCACAGGUCCCAAAUCCACCGACCUCAUCACCACCACCCUCAAACAAUCCCCCGCCGAAUUCUCCUUCCAAGAAGAAACCUUCGUGACCACCACAGCCUGCAAAGCCAUCGAAACCAUGUGCAAAACCGCCGGCGACUUCAUGGCCUCGCGCAUCGAAACCGAAUUUCCCCGCUGGGAGCGGCUCUACACGCGCGUAUGGGACAAAGUCCGUCAAGACGCCGAAAAGGCCAUGGAAAGACGCGCCCAACAACAACAAUCCCUAUCCCAAUCCCAACAAGACACAACCACCGGCAGCCUAUCAACAUCCACAUCACCAUCACCAUUCACCCCCUCCCUCUCCCUCACCACAACCGGCACCCACGGCACCCGCAGAUUCACCCCCCACCACGCCCUCUGGCGCGCACUAGUGCCCCUAUUCAUCACUCUCCUCACACACGUCCGCCUACCAUUAUCCAUCGGAGACAAGAUCUGCGAGUUCCUAGCGGCAUGGAUAGUGCGGUAUGCUGGGCCGGAGUAUUACUCCUCCCGGACGCGGAGCAAUAAACCUACUACUACUACUCAGCCAGCAGAGAGUGCAACCGCAACCGCAACAUCGUCUCUAAGCGUAGAAAUCGAUUCAGUUGAGAAUGUCAUCCAAGCUAUGGAGACGUGGAACGCCGAUCUAACCUGGUUUAUUUUCCAGGAGGAGAGGGCGGCGGUCAGGCGGGUGGUGGAGAAGAGUAAGAGGACGACUACUACUACUGCUGUGGCGACAAGGGGUCAGGCUCGAGCGCCUUUGAUCUGUGAGGUUGUUGAGGAUGAGGAAGAGGAGACGUUGAAGGGAUGGGCUAUGCCGGGGACGGGGUUGAGGUUUGCGGAGGUGGCGUUUUAG